CAUUACAUGUCCCUGAGUUAGAAUGAAUGGUUAGAAUACAUGAGCCCAUUACAUGGCCCAAGUUAGAAUGAAAGGUUCGAAUAUGUGAGCCCAUUACAUGGCCGGAGUUGGAUCCUAAGCACCAAGAAGUCAAAGCGAAAGGAAAGAUACAAACAAAUAAUGGGUCGAAUUAAAUAAAUUUGGCAAUUAAUUCCUUCCUUCACGUUUUUUUUUUCUUUGUUAAUUACGUCCUCGACCUCAACUCUACCGCUGCUUCUUCCCCAGAACGCAGUGGCGCGCGUCCUUUUCUUGCAUCUACCACCCGAAGCCCAAAACAAAAGGGCAAAAAGAAAACUGUAUUAAAAGAAAACCCCAGAAAGUAAACACCAUUAUAUACUUGCUAUUAUUGUUGUACUAAUGGAGAGUCUCUCCAAAAGGAAAAUCUGGAAACGAUUCCUCUCAUCAUAAAAGCAGCAAACCUAUCCCCCACCUCUUUUUAUUACAUCACAUAACAUACAGAUUUAAUAAUUGAUUUCAAACCCCACAGUCCAAUAAUCUCUCCGCCCCACCAAACCUCUCCCCAUCUCCACCAUUCUCUCUCGUCAAAAACCUCUGGAACGCAACAACAGCAGUAAAAAAACCACACAACAAGAAAACUUCGAGCGACGGAUAUGGAAGAUAUGGAUGCAAACUAAAAUAUCCUCUCUUUUUUUGUUUUUGUUUUGUUGUGUGUGUGGAUAUUCUCUCGCUGUGGUUUUUGCUUUCUGGGUUUUUUUGCGGUGAAAGAAUUAAAAAGGAAGACACAAAAAAAAGGAGGGUUGCAGGAAAUCUCUAGGGUUUAACGAUGUCGGCUGGAAUUUGUGGGAAGCGGCUGGGUUUCGAGGAGAUUUUUGGAUCUCCAUCCUCUUAUUCGGUGAAGAGAUCCAGGUGCUCCGCUUAUGGAUCUCCCACACGAUCCCCUGAACUUGGGUCCGGAUCUGAUGAUAAAGUUCUCACCUUGCUUCAGAUGUUCCCUGCUCUGGAUCCUGAGUUGGUGAAAACAGCUCUUAGGGAGAACAAUAACAGGAUCGAUGCUGCUAUCGAGAGUCUUCAGGGAAGUCCAUUUCAUCAUGCUGUGGAUAGAAAUGAUGUUCCUUCUUCAAGCGCAUCUACUUGCACUCAACAAAUAGGAAAAGAAGAGGCACAAGAAGUGAAACCAUCAAGUCACUUCGAUAAUCCCAUUGAUGGUUCCAAAUGGGUGGACCUUUUUGUACACGAGAUGAUGACUGCAGCCGAUCUAGAUGAUGCGAGGAGGCGAGCAGCUAGCAUUUUAGAAGCUUUUGAAAAAACCAUUGCUUCUCAGUCCAGGGACGUAUCCAAAGAGAAAGAGAUGGAGAAUGCAUCACUUAGGGAUCAUCUUCAAGGUUUGGUAAAUGACAACCAAAUCUUAAAGAGAGCUGUUGCCAUCCAGCAUGAACGAAACUUGGAGCAAGAAGAAAAGGCAAAGGAAGUGCACAACUUGAAGCUUGUGUUGAACCAGUAUCAAGAGCAAGUUCGUAGUUUGGAGCUAAACAACUACGCUCUAAAGCUUCAUUUACAAAGAGCACAACAACAACCUAGCUCGUUUCCAGGACACUUCCCUCCAGACAUAUGCUAAAAAGCAUCUAAUGACUGUCAUCUAAGGCAUUACUGUUACUAGAUUCGUGAUAUUCUCUUCUUGACGACUGAAGCAUAAAAAUUACUGAUAGGUCAGGUCAGCAAGUAUGAUCAACAUGCUGUUCAGUUUGUAUGGUAGUUAUCAAUCAGCCCAUGUAUAAUUCGAGCAGAAUGACCAGCUCUGUUUGAUAUCUGUAAAACUUUUAUGUGCAAUGAUUUUUUAGCCAACCUCUUUCCCAGUUCUGGAACCUAAACAUACCAUAAUCGUCUCAUAGUAUGAUCGAUGACGCUUAGAUUGAUGGGUUGCUGCUGACAAAUAGGUGCUUUCAUGCUUGUCAUCUGCCAUUAGGAGUGAGUUGCUCACUGUAUCUUUGUAAACCUUCUGGCUACUAGUGUAGUGUGUAGGGAUAAUUUACCUUUGUCGGUUGUAUGGUCUAACCGCAAAACCAAACAGAAAAGUUGGUUAUUUGGCUAAUUGAAAACGGCUCAAAUCAUUUGGUUGGCGGUCAUGGUUGUGACUUGUGUGUAUUUGCCUUCUCAGCUAACCUGUUGGUUGUUGAUAAUAAUCGGUACUUAGUCGGUGCACCACAAAUAAGCGAACCAACCUACCUCCCACCCAUCAUCCACAACAAUGUUUUGAUAACACCUAAAUUGGUGUUAUUUGAUCUUCCAUUUCUUAGGUGUUUGCAUGCCAUAAUCAUCUUUAGCUAUUUGAGAUGGAUUUUGUGCUAUAAUUGCUUAUUAUCUUCAUACUCGAAGAUUUAGGCACUAUUGUUAUCACUUGGCCAUUUGGCUUGAAGUUUGUCCAUUCACAUUCUAUUCUAGGUUAGGUUGUAUUUUCUAGCUUAAUCUCGGGUCCUAGCAUGAUGAGGAAAGGCACGCUAAGUUUACGUGCCAAUCAGAGGUCAUUACAAGGGUGAAAAGAAAGGUGAAAAGAUGAAUUUAUGCAAGUCAUGGUCGGCCGGGAACUCCAGGUCGAGAUGUACCCUCCCACGCAGAAAUGCACAGAAAAGUUUGACGGCCCGACUCGUGGCCAAGAAGGAUUCGUAUUGUGUGAAAGAUCAUGGCCGCAAUUUCCAGAUCACGCCCGUGAUCUCAGGAUCAAGGCUGCGAUAUCGGUGCUCGUGAAAGGCACAGAGGAGAACAACCAUUCUACGACGUUUAUCAAGUCACGAUUGCGACAAGCCUUCUACUUCUCGUUUCAUUAAGGGCAGCGACCUGGAAGCCGUGACAACCCCUCUAGUUAUGCACGGAGGUCGUGACGUGCCUCAUAUUUCACUACAUAACCCCUUUCCCUACAUUUGAGCAAAGGGAGUCAUCCUAGAGAGAUAAAAACAUAGUUUGGGA